AUGACCGUAACCUCUAUGGACACCCUGUCCGAUACCAGCGCAGCAACAGUUCACUGGAUUCACCAGUUAGCUCACGUUGAGCUGGUAUCAAAGCAAAACCUCCUCAUCGAUUCAACCGUCGAUGACUCUGGCCAGCCGUCAAGCGUUCACGUACAGAAUACUGGUUCGUCAUACUCCCACGCUAGGAGUUUCAUGGGCUUCCAUCCUGAGAAGCGCUGCCUCGCCUUCCGAGGUGAAGCACGGUUCCUGGAGAUGUUUCAGGAUUUCGCGAGCAACUUUGUCAGAGAGGAUCACAUCGUCUCGGUUCUUCAGACGCCGGUCGACGUUGAGUUCCCACCCGAGGGCCUGCCUGGUGGACUCGAGUUUGCGGAAUUCGCAGGCAGGGUAGAAAUCGUGGAAUAUGUCAUGUGGUUGAAAGUGGCUGAUGAAGAUCAUGAGCCCGGGGCUGAGAGCAUCACUGUACUAGGCGUUACCCAAGGAGGUGUCGAGCUGGAUGUUGACGAAAUCGAGACGUCGGAUUCUAUGCCUUAUUCAGCGAGGAUGGGAACCCUCGACGGCCUACAAACAUCAGUCCUCUGA